GCCAAAGUCGCAAAAAAACAACAGAGCAAAAAGUCGGUGUUUUGCUUUCAACCGACAUCAACUAUCUGCCAUCGCGCAGCUCGGAACGCGUCUUGCUUAUCUUCGACAUACCGACUGCAAGAAAAAUAAGGUUUCGAACCACAAAAUGUUCAGCAACCUAGGGAAGGGCACGCCCCCGGUGCCGCUCUCGACUGGGAGCUUAGCAGCCGGCACCACAAACCCACCUGCUACAACGGCCGGUGGUUUGGGCUCACUCUUCUCCAAACCAGCUACGCCGACCACGACGACGACCGGCCUGUUCAGUAAUCCUAACCCAACCGCUGGAGCUACUUCGACGACACCCCAAAAAUCAUUGUUUGGCGGUACGACUACCCCGACCACAUCUACCCCCCUGUUUGGCAGUACCACCACCACUGCUGCCUCAGCUGCCACCACAGCGACGACGGGCGGGGGUAUUUUUGGGAACACAUUGGGCGGGAGCACUACUCCUCAAACAUCCGUUCUCGGCGGUGGCUUUGGCGGUGGUCUAGGGACGACGCAGCAGCAGCAAUCGAACCUCGGCGGCAGUCUCGCGAGCAUCUUGGGCCCGACAACCCAACAGCCAGCCGGCGGGAUGAACACUGGCUUCGGCAACACCCUCGGCGGCGCGAGCGUCUUCCAAAACGCGGCAACGAACCCUCCUAGCCUGACGGGCUCGUUCUUCGACUCGUUGCUCUCGCAAAACAAGAAGCAAGCCAGCGGGGAGACGCCCCAGGGAGACCUCCCUUCCCUGCAGCUCAGUCUUAGUAGCCUGAGGCAGACGGUCAGGAAGCUCGCUCCCAAGAACGGGGAAGGGGGUCGCAAUCUUGAGCACGGGAAGGCUCAUUACUUUCUUGCUGCGUCGGGGGUUGAUCCGGGGGCGGCGGUGAGGGAUUUGAGCUCGUUGGGGUUUGCUGCUGCGGCGACGGCGACGACGAGGGACAGGAGUCCUUAUUCUGCUGGGGAGGUGGAUGUGGAGACGUAUCUGGAUAAUCUGCAGACAAAGACGACGUUGAGCAUGAUUGCGGAUGGGUUGGAGAGGAGCGUGAGGGACUUUGAUUUGUUUUUGGAGGACAAUGUUACCAUGGAGUGGGAAGCGCAGAGGAAGAGGAUCUACCAGCAUUUUGGGAUUAAGCCCAGAGAGGAGCAGGAGGGGGGUAUGGGAGAUUCACAGAGGACGGUGAGGGGGGGGACGCCGGCUAAGGAGCAGGGUGCUGGUGGGUUUGGGAGGUCGAGGAGGAAGGGGAGCAUGGCGCCUGGCACUCCUGGUGGUGGGGAAAAGUCGAUGCGGCAGAGUAUGUUUGGGAGGUCGGCCAUGAAUAAGUCUGUUAUUGGAACUCCCAGCCGGAUUGGUGCUCAUGCCCCCGAGUUCUCGGAUGUCGAGGCCAGGAAGGAGAAGAGCGAUCUCGAGGGGUUCACUUCUGUGGAUGAUCGCUUCUUGAGAGAGAAGCAGGGCAAGCUUGCGACCAAGAUCAAGGAGUUCAACGACUUGAGGCAGAGAGGCCUUCCAGUCGAGAUUUGCAAGGAGCUGGGCGACCUGGAGAACACUGCCGGAGAUCGGCAUGGGCCGCAUCUGGUGGAGGCCUAUGAUGCCCUGAGGGAGAUUGUGGGUGAAAACGACCCUGACAAUCUACCUCGGGAACGCCAGUUUGCCAGGUACUACUUGGACCCCAACCCAUCGUCUGCCAACUCUAUUGAGAUGCGCAAGCGGAUCUUGAAGGGCGCAAACACCUUCUUGGAGAAACAGUUUUGGGCUGGUGUCAAUUCGUUCAUCACCAAACAUCCCCAUGAAGCGAACCUGGGUGGGCAGCCCGACGUCGUCAGCAAGGUCAAGGCUUACAUCCGCCUUCGCCUCAUUCGCAAGAGCCUGGUUCCAGACAACGUCGACCUUCAGCAAGCGAAUGGCGAGUACGUCUGGGCGAUCGUUUUCUACCUUCUCCGUGCUGGCUUUGUGAACGACGCCGCCAAGUAUGUCAACGAUCAUGAGAGCUUGUUCCGCAGCAUCGACCGAACUUUUAUGGGCUACAUCAACAGCUAUGCCUCCAGCGAAGAUCGGAGACUUAAACGGUCGGUUCAGGAUCGCUGCACCAACGAGUACAACCAGAGAAUUCGCAAUGCCCCCGAGGGCUCCAUCGACCCCUUCCGCAUGGCUUGCUACAAGAUCAUCGGCCGCUGCGACGUCAACAACCGCAGUCUGGAUGGUCUUUCAGGAGACGUCAAUGACUGGGUCUGGCUCCAGUUCAACCUUGCUCGGGAGACUGACAGGUCACAGGAGCUUGCCGGGGAGUCUUAUGGCCUUGCUGAACUCCAGUCUAGCAUCCGGGAGAUCGGCCUCAAGCACUUCCCCAAGACUCCUGCGGAGGACACUACUGGCAGCUUUGCCAUGUUCUUCUACCUCCAGAUUCUGUCGGGCAUGUUUGAGAAUGCCAUUGCCUACCUCUACCCCUUCAGCUACGUCGAUGCCGUUCACUUUGCCAUUGCGCUCUCUUACUAUGGCCUCCUCCGUGCGGCUGAUGCUCAGUCUUCUGGCAAUGAUUUGCUUUCCCACAACACCCGCAACCAGCCUCAGAUCAACUUUGGCCGUAUGCUCGGGUACUACACACGCGACUUCCGCGCCGCUAACGCCGCCGCCGCGGUUGACUACCUUGUCCUCAUCUGCCUGAACGCCGACGAGACCGCCGCCGGUCAGCAACAAGCCGCCCUCUGCCACGAAGCCCUCCGCGAGCUCGUUCUCGAGUCCCGUGAGUUCAGCCGCCUGAUCGGGGAUAUCAAACCCGAUGGCUCUCGCAUCAAGGGUCUCAUCGAGGAGCGCGGCAAGCUUAUUGCCCUUGGCCGCCACGACGACUUCAUCCGCAACAUCACGCAAGAAGCCGCUGCCUUUGCCAACGACAAUGGUCGCACCACUGACGCCGUUCUUCUUUAUCACCUGGCUCAGGAAUACAACCAGGUGGUUGAAAUUGUCAGCAGGGCCCUCAGCGAGGCUAUUUCUCUCGAGAUCGGCGAGGAACCCAUGCGUCUUGUACCUGUCAUGGCUAGAGAGGAUGGCCAGGAGGAGGCAGCGGGGAGCCUGGCGGCGAUUGACGACCCGGUGGAGCUGGCGAAGAAGAUGAUGAAGAUGUAUGAGCAGGAGUACAUGUACUGGAACAAGAUUGGCCAUCAGAACCAGUACGCGUGCAAUCUCUUGUUGCAGAUUAGUGAUAUCAAGAAGCUUGUGGAGGAUCAGGAAUGGGCAAAAUGUCUCGAUAAAAUCGAAGCCCUCAACAUUUUGCCGCUUGAUGCAAAGGGCGAUCAGAGUCUUAUCCGCCAGUACUCUGCCUUGUUUGCCCAACUGCCGCAGACGGUGGCGCAGAACGUGCCGAACCUGCUGAUGUGGGCGGUGGUGUGCUGCACCAAGCAGAGGGAGAGGCUGAUGUAUGGGCAGUUUACGGGGAAUGAGACGACGGCGAGGGAGUUGAUUGAUAAUAUGAAGCAGACGAGCGUUGACUUGACGGCGUAUACGAGCCAGCUGAGGUAUCGGUUGCCGAGUUCGCUACAUGAGAUGUUGGCGAGGGCUUCGGCUGAUUAAGGGGGAAGCGGGAAAGGGGGGGUGGGGGGCAUGUUGAAUAUGAUGUGUUUAGCGUGGGAAAGGCUGAGGGGUGGGGGGAGAUACCAAACGGUAGAUUU